CUUUGCAUGCACUGUGACAAUAUCGACGACUAUUUGGCACACGCGGAAUUCCAAUGACAACGUGCGCAUUACUGAAAAUGGCGGGGGACAAAACUAACGUGUGCGCCCACGCGCUCCACGUGAAAAUCCUGUAUUUCGGCCUGGCACUGCUGUUCGUCUUCUCGGCAACUUGCUUCGGGGUUACCUACGUCUUCGUGGCGAGCCUGAGUGCCGAACUGGGCCAGAAAUGCUCCUGCCCGGACGGGGAGAUUCUGUUAGACAUCACCGUGCUGCCCCCGAGCGGCUCCACGGGUGACUCGCCGCGGGGCCCUAGGCAAGCUGCGGCAGCGCGUCACGGUAGUGACAACCAGCAAGUGCGAGCAGAGUUGGGUCUGAAAACGGCAAAUAUUGUAGCAGACAAGCCAGGCACGGCUGACCUGCGGGGGCUGAACAGGGUGCGAAGAGGAUUCACCCACGGGGAUCAGGAGUCCAGCUCACCAAGGGCCACGUCCAUUGAGGCCUAUGCCAGGCUCCCCAUUACCAUAUCGCUUGACUCAAUCACUGCCUUUUGUAACAAGACAACAAGCAGGUGUCCUCCAGGGCCCCAAGGUCCAGCAGGCAAAGAGGGUGGCCUAGGAAUCCAGGGCCCACCGGGCAAUCAGGGAGAUGAGGGUCCUGUUGGUGCCCCUGGAAGGCCUGGGGAGGAUGGCAAAAAUUGUAACUGCAGCACAGAUGAUUUUGCUGUGCUGUUGGAGAAAACAGCAGAACUGGCUGGGAAUAUUGGGCAGCCCGGACCCAAGGGUGACACCGGCCAACCGGGACCCAAAGGCGAGAGCGGUGACCCGGGAAUCCCUGGACCACAAGGUCUGAGUGGUGAGGCGGGACCCAAAGGGGUCAAAGGUGACACUGGGUACAGAGGACCAAUGGGUCAAACGGGUGGACAAGGAACGAUUGGCCCAGUGGGGGAGAAGGGUGCCCCAGGUGAUCGGGGACUACAAGGAUUCGAUGGACCACAAGGUCGGCGUGGCGAACCGGGACGGAAGGGCGAGGUGGGAGAACCGGGACCGACUGGCCCGCCUGGGUUGACGGGACCCAAGGGGGAUCCCGGCAGCCCUGGGGACCACGGCCGACACGGCAAACACGGAGAGAAGGGAGAUCGCGGGUUAAGAGGUGAAAAGGGUGUCUCUGGUUUUCCAGGGUCAAUCGGAUUGAGAGGCAGCAGGGGUGAUAUCGGACUGCCGGGAGUGCAGGGACCACAAGGAGAGGCUGGAAGGGAUGGCAGCAACUGCUCUUGUAUAGACCCAGAUGGUGACAUGAUGACCAAAUUCCUCAUCCCAACUUCGGCCGUAGAGAAGCAACAGCUUACAGGGCCCCCUGGCCCGCCCGGUCCCGAGGGUCCCAAGGGGGACAUCGGUGACAGGGGCCUGCAGGGACCCCCUGGCCCCAACGGCACAGCAGCGGUGAAAGGUCAGAAGGGUGACAUUGGUGAAACAGGACCGAUAGGACCCCUGGGAUCCAGAGGUCGCAGGGGUGAUCCUGGACAGACCGGCGCUAGAGGUGACAAGGGUGAUACGGGACGAGAAGGGCCUACUGGACCUGAAGGGGCUGCUGGACAAAAAGGUGAAAAGGGUGAGCCAGGAGUAAUGGGUGACACUGGGCCCAUCCGACAGCCUGGGACGAGGGAGACAGUGAGUGAAGCUUGUAAUGUCACUGCUUUCCUUGAGGAGUUGAUGGAACUGGACAAUAGAACUCUCAAGCUGAUCCAGGGUCCUCCUGGUCCCAGAGGCUCACCAGGCCCAUCAGGACCCGAGGGCAAACAGGGGAAACAAGGCCCACAGGGGCUCAAAGGAGACCCUGGCGAACUCGGCAGAGCCGGCCCGCAGGGACCCAUCGGCCCGCCCGGGGCCAAAGGCACCCCUGGGGCCAAGGGCCUAGCGGGUUCCUUUGGGUACCCAGGCGACCCAGGGGAGAAAGGGGCCACGGGUCCCCCCGGACCCCGGGGUUCCACUGGUGACCCCGGUCUACCCGGACCGCCGGGCAUCGAUGGGCGACCAGGCAGCAAGGGGGAGAUGGGAGAUAAGGGCGAUAGGGGGGUGGAUGGGUUGCCAGGUCAGACAGGGGCUCAGGGGUUGCCAGGAGCUGAUGGAACCCAAGGUUCUGCAGGACAAACAGGGGAUAAAGGAGCCCGAGGAAAACUAGGUCCUGCAGGUCAACCUGGUGAAGAUGGAGCCAGUGGACCGAAGGGAGAGAAAGGGGAGAAGGGGGACCGUGGUAUUGCAUCAGGUAUGGUGGAACUUGGCAAUGCUGGUGAUGAUGAAAAGCCAGCUUCAGGAAAGGCUACAUAUGGUCCAACUCCCACUGCAAAACCCAGCAAGCCACAACCGUCUCCUGACGUAGACAGUUCUCCAAACUCAGAGUGUGUGUUGACCAAGAUUGGUUUCCCAGUGGACCACAAGUUUGGAAACAAAUACUGGGGCUCUUGGAUGCAAGACACUGCCCCAAACCCGCCUUAUCCGGACAAGAUAUGGGUCACUAAACAUCUGGUUGGAGAUGGCAUUUAUGAAUACAAAAAUAUGGCAGCCCUGAUGUCGGACUCGUACACCCAGUACCACCGCCUGACUGGCGCCUGGGCUGGCACAGGCCACGUGGUCUACAACAACGCCCUCUACUUCCACAACGGCGGCUCGGGCAAGAUUGUCCAAUACGACCUGACCUUAGAGACCGUCACAGCCCAGGCAACUAUCCCCGAAGCUCUCUACCAGAGGUCCAACGGACACCGGUACCUGUACGACUCGGACUACACAUAUCUGGACCUCGCCGUUGAUGAUAACGGACUGUGGGUGAUAUACAAGACGGCCGAGAACCACCAGAACCUGGUUGUGUCCCAACUGGACCCGGAGAACCUCUCCGUCAUCAAGACAGUCGUGUCCAAUCACCCGCAGAGUUCCGCGGGAGAUGCCUUCAUCAUCUGCGGCCGGCUGUACACCACCAAGAGCUCCAAGAACUUCCACUCCACGGUGGACUUUGCCGUCAAUCUCUUCACGGGAGAGGUGUUGCCCGACGUGGACAUCUCCUACCAGAAUGGUCACAUGAAGAUGACCAUGAUGUCAUACAAUCCAAGAAAGCGACUGAUAUAUGCCUGGGACAAGGGGUAUAUGGUGACGUACAAUGUCACCCUGACUGAACCGUGAUCAAACUGCAGCAUUUUUCGAACUGGAAUCAAUUUCCAGGAGAUUAAGUAUAUAAAAGGACAAUCAUGGUUACAUUAAACUGUGAGAUUUGAUAUUUAUCCAGUGAAUAACAAAUAUGUAAAAAGUCAUUGCCCACCUAGCAGUUUUCAUUUUGCAACAAACAAAAAUUCAAACCCAGCGAAGUUAUGGACCCUAACUUCCAAAAUUCACUCCCCUGAUCAAGAACCCUGCCUGACCAGAUAUUGGCUGUAAAUAUUUAAGAACAACUGACCUUUUUAUAUGGGAGAGUACCUUAAUACUUUUUAUAACCAACAACCUUGUACAGUUUUGAAUGUCAGUAGGCCUAACUGCUUGUAUACUGUAAUACAGAGUAAUUAACGUUUUUGGGCCCACACUGUAGUUAAAUGGUAUAUAGUCCAUCAUUUGUAAUUUGUGCAUUUUGUUCGUUUGAAGCAACAAAAGUGCUCAAAAUCUGCUGAACAGCU